AUGUCCUCCCAACUGCGGCACAAUGCCCAUGCGACUCAAACCGUUCGAUCUCGCAGAUCUCCCCAAACAACUUGGCUGAGUGUGUUUGGUUUCAAGCCGCAAGUGACUUGGCGAAAUGCAACGGCUUUCCUCGUGCACUGUUCGGCGUCCAUCCUCUUCUUGGUCUUUCUCAACGCUUCGCAGCCCUUCCUCAUUCAUCAACUCGAAUCAAGGCGCCCGAACGGUUAUGAUGUUCAGCCUCCAAGCAGAGCUGGAUCGCUCAGCGGGUCUCUCAUCUUCUACGAUGAGCUCCUUUCGACCUUCAUGUCGCUUAUCUGGGGGGCACUUGCCGAACUCGUCGGUCUAGCUGCUGUCACUUCGACAUCCUACCUAUUUGUCGCCCUCGGACUCGUGACUUACACGCUCCCAACAAAGCCAUGGCCUAACCUGGUUCCGGCACGACUCGUCUUUGCCAUCGGAGGGAGCGGUGCCACUGCCAUGCUUUCCGGUAUCCUUUCCGUGUAUUCAGGCUCACAUUCAGCACAGUCUCCGCUUGUCAGAGCAGAUGCACUGACACAGCAGUCGACAGAUCAGGAUACGGAGCCUGCCAUGGCCUCGAAUAGUCAAGGUGCAGAGGGCGAACAAGAGCGCCACUUGCUCGAAUCUCGAAGGAGCGAGAACGGUCACAGCAUUAAACAGAGGAAUCGGCAUGGCCGAGUGGCUGCCAUCGCUGGUGUCUUCACAGGUCUUGGCGCACUAGUGGCUGUCUUCGUUCUCGUUCGCCUUCCCGCGACGAUUGCAGAAUACCUCGAACAGCACUCUCCCGCCAAUCCUUCUCACGACUUGGAUGGCGGUGCACGAGGUGAUGUGGCGAUUCGCAGAGCAACCGUCGCAACUUUUUGGCUAGUUGCAGCACUGGCUCUGUUGGUAGCGUCCAUCACCGCACUAGGUCUGAAGCAGCCGAAAAGCAGAAGGCGCCGACUCGAAGCAGCUGGUGUGCUGACCCAAUCUUCUCGACGUCACCAACAAGACUAUGGAGCCUUGCACGACAGCACGAUAGCGCUGGCCGAGGACUCACGACAGGCUCGGCGUGCGCGUUUGCGUCAGAGACAGGAACGCCGAUCGCAAGCAUCUCUUACCAACGCCAUCCGUUCUCAUGUGCGUCGCUUCGUCGUCGCAUCCAUCGGCGGCUUUCGACUAGUCGGACCUGUUGGCAAGCUUGCAGAUUCGCCGGAUGGUGACGAGACCCUAAGAUCACGCAAGCAAUUGGCGCAAGAGCUGCGCAUGGCGUAUUUGGGCGGAGCUCUGGCCAGGGCGUUCACCAUCGGCACCACAGCUUUUCUACCUCUGCUUGUCACGCAUCACUACUACACAUCAGGGCUUUGCCGACAACUCCCUUCGCCGGACCCGAACUCGCCUCUUCCGAACGACGAGCUGAAGAAGUUGUGCCGCAGCGCGUUCACAGCCACAGCCAUUUUGGGUGGCACCGCGCAAUUGACCGCUCUGCUCGCCUCGCCUCUGAUUGGACUGCUGUGCGACACACUGUCGCCUACGAUCACCAUUUCAAUGACUUCUGCGUUGGGUGCAGUGGGUUUCUACCUUCUCGGUGUGGGUGCGUCGGGGUUUGCGGGAGACAGAACGACAGGGGAAGAGGUGCCUGACCCGCUCACACGCUUGUCGAUCGGCGCUGCGGUUCUGAUCGGUUUAGGUCAGAUUGGGGCGAUUGUGGCUAGUCUGGCGGGAUGCGCUCGAGCAAGAAGUCUCGUCACGGAAGAGCAGCUUGAACACACCAGCGCUGUAUCGUCGAGCCAGGGCGACCACGAGACUGCCGAUACCGCUUCGGCUUCCGAUACUUCACGAGGAGUCGCGCGUCGCUCACAUUCAGAGGUUGCAGAACAAGAAGGGCAAGGAGCGGGUGCCAUUGCAGGAGCUUACACCUGCACGGGAUCUCUAUCGAUCCUCUUGAUUUCCAAGCUCGGUGGCUCACUCUUCGACAUGUACGUUCCGAGUCCCUUUCUGUUGAUUGGAGGCUUUUCGCUCUUUGUUUCCCUCUUCGGUUUUGGCACGAGCAUAGCGAAGCGCUUUGAGCGGACAUAG